AUGCAGCUUCUCCAUCUGAAUCUAUUGUUCUGGUGGCAGACUUCUGAUCUACGUUUUAUUCUGCGGAAGAGUGCGUCGCUCACAGAGAUCGGAUUUCAAUCGAAGCCGACUGUUCUUUUAUUGACUCCGGAUGACUGCGACGAGCACUCAGAAGUGACUAUCGCGAGGAUAGUAGUGGGUGGACGCUUUGUACGUACAUCUACUCGUGCAGUGAUGUCGCUGAAUGAGCGACAGUUUCAGUCGAUGCGCGUUUUCAAUAAUCAUCCUAGAAAGGGACAGAGCGAAGCUUUGCGUACGUCGGCGACACCCCCUGAAUUGCCUAAUUUCUGGACACUUGAGGAAAGCUGCCACUUCCUAGGAGAGUAUACCCACCUAUUUCACCUUUUUCCUAUGUAAUCAGAAAGCCUUUAUCAAAUGAUCUCUCUAUUUGUGUCCCCACUCAAGCUACUACUGUUAUCGAACCUGACGGUCUCUUAACAUUUACUUGUUUAAUCAAUAUACCUCUGUUUGACCCAUACCCGACCUCUGCUCUAAAUAUAUCUUUUAUCCACUACUUCACACAUAUAUCGAUG